CCUCGCCUCUACAAAUCUCUCGAUUGAUCCAACGAUGAUCCACGAACAGUAGGCUGUAGGCAGCAGUACUAGCUAACUAAAUCCUCCAUCGAUCCUUUCUUCUUCCCUCGCUCACCUUGAAGCUUCAAGCAGCCAGCAGCCAUGGCAGCCAAAAGAGCUUCCUCCUCAUGCUUCACCUUCCUCAAGGAAGCGCUGCUCCUCCCAACGCGAAACCCGAAGCUCUUCAUCCCCGUGUUCCUCAUCCUCUUCGUCACCUCCUUGGUCACCGCCUUGAUCAACGUCCUCUGCAUCCAGCCGCUCACCGCCGACAUAGGCCGCCUGGCCGUCGAGAUGAAGAACACCGACCCUUCCAGCGCCGAGUACGCCCGGAUCUUCGAGGAGUUACGGCGGGACACCAUGGAGGUCGUCGCCGCCAGCGCCGUGCUCCUGCUCGUCGCGCUGCCGGUCGCCUUCGCCAAGCAGAUCAUCGCCUUCUUCGCGGCCUCCACGACCUUCUCCGGCGACCGCUACUCGCUGGCCGAGCUCCUCCGCGCGCUGGCCACCAAGGGGGGCGCUCUGAGCAUCAAGGGCCCUUCCAUCACCAUCGCCGUCGCCACCCUGCUCGAGAUCUCGGGCAUGGCGGUCCUGGCCGCGCUAUUCUCCGCCACGAUGAUGAUCGGCCGCAAUUCCUCCAGAUCCGGGGUGAUCUCCGCGAUCCAUGGCCUCCUCUUCGUCCUCGCCUUCAUCGCCUUCCUCUACCUCAACGUGGUCGCGCUGGUGGGCGUCGCGGCGUCGGUGGCCGACGGCGGCGGGGAUUGCCGCGGCGUGCGCGCGCUCCGGCGGGCGUGGCGGCUCAUGACGACCGUGAGGAGGAAGGAAGGGUUUGUGCUCGUGCUGGCGGCGUGCCUCCUGCCGACUACUGCGAGUCCGCUGAACGGGCUUGCUAUGGUGUAUGUGAAGAAGAACAUGGCGAUGGGGCUGUGCCUGCUGUCCGUGUAUGUUCUGCUCUCUUGUGCGUUCCAGCUCUUCUCCAUGGCGGCAGCCACGGUGUACUACUACCGCGCCAUGGAGAGCAAGGAGGAGACGCUUGCAGCUGGUGAUUAUGUCAAGAUUCCUUCGGGGGAAACAAAUGUCUGAUCGUAGUUUGAGAUUGUUGUCUUGAAGUUAAAAUGGUAAUACUGUUGUUGUUUUGAAGUUAAAAUAAUACUCCGUAUGUGAAUGAGGUUGUGCAAAUGCAAAGGACGAAGAUUCGAAUGUGAUUUCUGCAA